AUUACUCCUUUGUUGAGUUGACAACACCGCAGAAAACAAAAAUGGUGGUUUAUGCAAGCGUCAUGUAAAAAAGAGUAAAUUUCUAUUUGGUUUGUUUUGUUGUGAUUUACUUAUAGGACACUUUAUGUUACAAAGAUGGCAAAUCGUAAGCGAGGAACAUUUGCAUUACCAGAUGAAUUGAAAACCGACGAGAAAUUGUCAACUAAAAAGGAGUUAGCUCAACGUAAAAUACCUCCAUGCCCACCGGUGCCUAAUAAAAUCUUUAGAAAAAGUAUUCUUGCUUCCAAUGGAGCUUUUGAUAAACCUAAGGCUAUAUACUUUAACAACACAGUUGAAUUAAGUCCAAACUACAAUCCAAACCUAGAUGCGACAUACUUUGAACAAAUAUACCCUUGUCACUCUCUAAUUGGAGAAGGCAGUUUUGGUAAAGUUUAUAGAGCAGAAGGGGCCUAUGAUAAACAACAAUAUGCUAUAAAAAGACUGAAACCCAUGAUUAGUUUUCAUGACAGAUAUGCUGAAAUUAAAAAUAACGAAAAAGUUGGUGUUCACCCAAACUGUGUUCAAUUUUAUAUGGCAUGGGAGGAAGGUUGUGAAGUGUUUAUGUUGUUAGAAGCUUGUCAACUUAGUCUAUCUGACUAUGCAGCAAGGAAUAGUGAUAUUCAGGAAGAUUUAUUAUGGGACGUGCUUUAUGAUAUGUGCCAAGCAUUAAAAUAUUUACAUGGAAAAGAUUUGUUGCACUUAGAUGUUAAACCAGGGAAUAUUAUGAUGAAAAAUGGGCAUUACAAACUUGCCGAUUUUGGAAUACUGGUUGAUUUGAAUUUGGCACCUAAAGGCAUUAAAUCUACAUUGUCAGAUGGUGAUUCGAAAUAUUUAGCAUUAGAAGUUCUUGAAGGUAUAUACACGCCUGCCUGUGAUAUUUUUGGACUAGGAUUAAGUCUUAUGGAAUUAUCAGCUGACUUAGAACUACCCAGUUAUGGUCCUUUGUGGCAACAGCUUCGCCAUGAAAUCUUACCUCAGUCAUUUUAUGACAGGGUCUCUCUUGGAUUUAAAGUGAUUAUUGAGCGCAUGUUGAAACCUGAAUAUGAGAAAAGGCCAUCAGCUGAAAAAAUACUGAAAUUCAAUACCAUGAAGACAAUUCAGAAACGGGACAAAAAGAAACCUCGUAAUAAUUAUGUGACUGACUUUGUGAAUCAAGAUGGUGAAGCUGACUUACUUGGAACAGAUAAUGAGAAUAAUAAUUUGGAAACACCUCGAUGUCAGUAUCAUGUAAUGAAUUAUGAACCCUAUGGACUUAGAUUAUCAUCUGAAGGUCCCCCCCGUUUCAACCUUAGUCCUAAGAUUUUAUUCUCUGAUGAAAAUCUUUGUGGAAAAACCAAUUCUCCACUUUCCGCAGAAGAAUUUUUCUCUUCUGCAAGAGAAUCCAGCUUAAAUUCUUCUGAAAACAGCAUGUUAGCUGUUACACUAAACCAAACAGAUGCUGUUCCUAUGGAAACAGAUGGUGAUGCUGAAGCUGAAAAGAAUUUGGUUGAUUCAGAACUAAUGUUUUCAGGUGACGAAGAGGAAAUAAUAACUUCGACUCCUAUAACCCGUAGUAGACUCAGCCGAAAGAUACUAACUUUUGAUUAAUAUUUUUUUUAACUAGUAUUUUCUUGUGCCUAAGCUUGACACUGAUAUAGGUGGAAACCGUCAAUAUUAAAAAUGACAUUAAAUAGGAACCAACUAAUUUUAAAAGUGGUAAUAUUUACUUUUAUACAUAACUUCAACUUUUAAAUUAAUAAUUACAGAUAUGGAGAAUAAUAUGUGCUCAAUGGUUUCUGAUAUUUAAUGAAUUAAAUAAUUCUCAGAUCCUUUCACACAAUUUUCUUGGUAAUAAAUACCAAAACUAAAAGUAUAACAAUAUAAAAAAAGUAAAGUAAUAAAAUCAAAGGAGAUCUUAAUUAGAAAUAAAUCAUGAAGUUAUACUAUACUUAUAUAAACUUUUCUUCAAAAGAAACACAAAUUUUUCAGUUAAAUUAUUAAUUUAACUAGACUUACUGGGUACACGCAUUUUUUAAAAAUUAUUAAUUUUUUGUUUAUUUUAUAAGCUCUUGAUAUGAAAUAAUGUCAGAAAGUAAAAUUUUUAAUAAAAAGUGAAAAAUUAAUAUCUAAGUAUUUAAUUGAAAAUUGCAAAAAUUUCAAAUUUUUAACUACGUAAGAAAACGAUUCUCAUUGGUUUUCAAUUGUGGCGUCAUAUCUUCAAUAAAAACAUUGAGCAGUUGUCUGCUUGAUAAUCACGAGGUUAUCGUUACCGGCAACGUAGCGUGUGCUGUUAUAAAACAGUUUCUAUUUACAGUUACGUAUAAAUAAAACAUUUUUUUAUGUAUAAGAAUAAAGUGAAUAAAUCUUUUAUAGGUUGAAUUCUUACAUUAUUACAUAAUGACGUUAAAAAUUAAAAGCAUAAUAAACUUUAUUACUAUAUAAGAUUAAAAUAAGUUAAAUUUGAAUGUUACUCAAAUUAAAAUGAUCUUGUCAGAAAAAUAGUUACAUCUCGCAUGAUCGUCAAAACGACCAACAUUUUGAAACCAUUUUUGUUGUAGUAUAUUUGAAUUUCUUGGCAUCACAAAAAAACUUUAUCAGGUGUUUUGUCGUGAUAUUUUUACAUCCUAGCACAAAAGUCGAAUUAUAUACAAUUUUUCAGAUUAAUUAAGUUAACGCUUAUUUUAGAAUGAGCAAGAGAAUUUACUUUAUAUCAUAUGUUCAAUGUUUAUUUUAUACCUAUGACGUCACGCAAAAUGGCAACCUUACUGAAAUAUUUAAACUACCUUUAAAAUUUUUGAAUUUUCAAUAAUUUUUCACUCUAUAAAUAUUGAUAAAAGAAUAAAAAAAAUAAUAAAUGUUGUAUAUAAACUAUCGAAAAUUAUUUUUUUCUCAAACCAUGCAAGUACCCUGUUUAUUUUACACAUAGUACAGCUACUAAAAAUUUUCUUCUAGAAAGAUAUCAAUAGAAAUUGUACCAAACAGCAGUUAAAAUCAGACACCUUUUGUUUUCCAAUUCAUAUAAAAAUUAAUAUUUGUUAUCAAAUUAGUUGGUCUACCAAUGUUUAGAAUAAAUAUAGCUAGUCGUGGAGAUAUAGUCAUUUUUUUUAAAUAUUUUGAUAUUAACUUUUUAAAAGUACAAAUAGAACAUUUUAAAAGUUGAUAUCCUAACAAACCACCUAUCAAAUGUUAAUAAGCACAAGUUUAUUCAGUCUUUUUUUUUGAUCUCGGACUUCACUGUACAAUUGUUUUGUAUCAGUUGGUCACUUAUAUUUGCAGGAAAGACUGUUUUUGUUUUGUUUUUCUAUUAAUUUAUUUUCUUGAGAUCUAAUAUUUGUUGAGAGAUAUAAUCAAUAUUAGAAAUUUGUUGACGUUUGAGACAAGUUAUUUUUUUUUUCUGUAUUUUUAAUAGUUAGUAGGAUCGGUUAUGUUCCAUUGGCUAACAGUUGAAUAUUUGUGUUGAAAACAAAAUAAGUAUUAAUACUAAACAAGGUAUUAAUUUAAAUUUUCCGCAUUAAAACGAAAGUAACACAUUUAAAAUUUUAAACCUAUAAGACAGCUCUUUGCAGAAUGGGAAUAUAUUAAUGAUACAAUUACUUUGUAUAAAAAAUUCAAAAUUAUAGUAAAUGCAAAUUCAACAGUAUUAUUUGUAAAUUCCUAAAUAUUUCAAUUGUUGUUUUUUUUUUUCAAAUGAACAUAUAAUUGAAAUCACUAGAUUUUGCUACAUCCAGUCUUAAGCUGAAAAUUUUCCAUUUAUGUAUGCAGUUGUAAAUUUUUGAUACUACUAUUAUAUCACAUUUUGUUCACCACUAUUAUUGUCAUUUUACUAUUUUUCUUAAUAGAUCCCUUAAGUAAACAUAAUAUGUCCCUUUUUUCUCCGUUACGAAGAAAUUAAGGUAUUUUGCAAUCAAAUUAUGAUAAUCCUACAUUUCCACAGUUCAUCUUCCGAAUGUCCCACUGUUUUCAUGCUAGAAUUAAUUCUUCAUGUUAGUAUAGUCCUUAUCAAUUCUCGUUUAUUUCCUAAUAUUGUUUAUUAGAUAGACUAAUGCAUUUAUGGAUAAUUGAGACCAUAAUUUUACCACUUCCAAGUUUAUGCUCCUAUAUUUCGAUCUCUCAAAAAUCAAAAAAAAUUAAUUUUUGAAGACAAUAUGAUAAUAGAAAUAAGUUUUACCAUGGUUUCUUGAUAUACGCCAAUGGAACGUGAGUUUACUUGCGGAAAAUUUUACUAUUUGGUUUGUGAUUGGAAAUUCACAGUUACCAAAGAACUAUUGUCACUAAGAAAGUUUUGUUAACUUAGUAAAAUUCACUUUGUUUGCAAGUUGCUUCCAAUAUGUCUUCCAAAGUAAAAUAAAUUCCUUGAGAAUAUCGAAAUAACAAUGUUUGUCACACCUUUAAUAUUGUUUCAUAAUCUAUUAUAUUGAAUAAGCUUAAGACAAUGUAUUUUUGUUAAGAUUGUUAAUUUGAAUAUAUGUGCGUUUGUUUGAAAUAAAUAGAAAAUGUUAUGUUGUUUAGCUUUAGUAUUACACAUCUGUUCACGGGAAUUAUCGUCAGUUAUUUUGCAGAAUUUACAUACAUUUUUUCUGUAUAUUUAAAAAAGUUCAUUGUUUAUUAUUUUUUGGAGGUAAUUUAUUCAUCUACCUGCACGCGAUUUUUUUGCUUAACAGUUUUAAAUAUAAGUUUCCAAAUAGAUGUAUGUACAAUCUAAAAUCAAGAAGCACAUAGGAAUGUCAAGAAUCUUCCACUCUUUCAUUUGAAAAACUAGAAUAUGUCUGCAGUAAUAGAAGAAAAGUAAAAUAUCAAAGUUGCCUCCUCAAAUAAGAAGAGGACAUUCCAAUGUUAAGGUGUUAGAUUCCUGACCGGAUAUUACCUCAUUAGGUAAGAGGUUUAUCAAAAGACAACUUUCAUUUCUGAGAUUGUGGCUGAAGUAGUCCAAGAUUACCAUUCAAAAGAAGUUCUUUGAUACUAGCAUAUUUUCUAAAAAUACAUAAGGAUAUUUUACCUGGCCCAGAAAACUAAGUACUGAACACAUUACUACGUUUGAAAAACCAAAUUAUCAUCUUCAAUUUACCUUCGAUGUUUGAAGAAAAUAGUUUGGUUAUCUAAACAUGUGUCAAUCAGAUAUUGAAUAUCACGUAAGUUUGAAGAAAUUCUCAGUUAUCAACAAGUAAAGAUUUAAGACCACCAGAUUAACGCCUCUUCAACGAUGCUUCUGAAGUAUAAUAGGCCACUACUUUGUUAAGCAUUUGAUUGUGACCAAAAAUCGAUCAAAACACAUUUCUUUUUUGGGUGUAUAUUAUCCAAUAAACACUCAGUUUUUUUUUCUAAAAACAAGUAAUAUUUUUCUCCAAAUCUUGAUAAACACUUUUAAGUGUCUUUUGAUUACAUUUCAAAACUAGCACAAAUGUAUGUAUAUAUCUGCAAGACGUGUUUGGUUUUCGACGGUUUUUCAACCUGUUUUAUGCACAAAUUCAUUUUUGUUAGAAAAUUUAUUGAAUGUUUUUUUGAAAAAAAAACUGUAUUAUACUUAUGAUUGAAAGUUUGUUAAUUAUAUGAUUCAUGUCACUAUGAACACAGCUAGAUCAACAAAGUGCUUCCAUUUAUUUUAGUCCUUAGUAAUAUAGUUGAAAUCAAUUGUUCGUAAAUUAUGCAAAAUAGUUCCAAGAUAUUUUAAAUUGUGAUACUUACAUUUCUAAUGUCAGCUCGUUGAAAUCAUCAUUCACCUUUCCAUUAGGGUUUUUAGAUAGGUAUGUACCAUUUAAAAAUACUCAAGUUUAGCUGUAAGAAAUUAGCAAAACAUAAUGAAGUUAAUUUUCUACUGUAAGUUGCUUCUCUCCUACAUAAAAAAUUUUUUCCAAGCUUCAUGAAAUUAUAUGUGCAAUAAUAACGGAUUUCAAAUUAUACAGCCUAAAAAUGAAUUGUAAAUUUAUUAUUUAUCCUGUGUUCAUAGUAAAGUGAAAGCCAAUGUGUGCAUAGAUUAUUAUUCAUACGUAUCACACUAUUGAGAAAAAGAUAGUUUUUAAUAAUUUAAUGAUCACUCAUAAGUUGUCUUCAUGAAAUUGAUAUAGCAAGACAAUAAAUAUCGCUCAUACAAAUGUUAAGUAAGAUAGUUUUAACUAAGCAAAAUUUUAUUAAAACAUAGCCAUAUGGUUACAACCAUUUUCAUACAUUGUACAUUUUUAAAAACAAGCGGAUUUCUCAUUUACCCUCAUUGCAAUCUCAAAAAAUUUAUGUUGAAACUUUGAAACAAUUUUGUACAAGCGUAUCCACUGAACUAAAAUUCUAUAUAUCAAUGUUCAAAUGAAUUUCAUUUGAACAUUAUAGUUGGUUCCACAUAUUGUUCUCAUAUCUACUAAGUUUCUUCAUACACAUUGGCCUAACCAGUCGAUUGGUUUUAUUUCAUUCAACCAAUAAAUGAGAAUUUGCUAUCCAAUUCAUAAAGUCAAACUAUGACAUGUAUCAAUUUAUGAUUGAAUCAUAAAAUGCUAUUAUUAUCUGGAAAUAAUCAAUUUGGUAAACAGUUAAAUUGAAAAGCUUUAUUGUUGUUUCCAUUUUGUUUCACACUAACGUUAGGAAAAAAUUUCAAUAUCCCAAGUAUAAACAAAAAUACAAAUCAUUUAGUUAUUCUAUUCUUUUAGAUAGUAAUUAUAGUUAUUUUAAUUAACCCUUCCUCAGUUACUUGAAAGCCCCAAUUAUUAGUUUAUUUUUUGGAAUACGUCAGGGCAAAACUCUUCUAUCACCUAUUGGAAAAUUUGUGGAGAGCUUGUGUCCGUUUUCAGAAAUUUAGUUUUGUCGAAAUAAACAAAAUUCUAGAUUGUGCAUUACUGAUCAAAUUUAAAAUAUAAUUUUUCGAAUCACCUGAAAAUAUUUACAGUCUCAUUUAAGGUGAGAUAAUUUGAAAUAUUCUCUUCUUCUGUCUGUUAUUUAUUGUUGGAUUCUAGUUUUAUUUUGUUUCUGUGUAAAUAUGGAACCAGUAGUAGUUUGUUUACUAUUUGGUAUUGUAAAAACUCCACUUUAUAUAUUGCUGCUUAAAAUAUACUAAACAUAAUGAUAAAAUAAAUGGUCCAAGUUCGUUGAUAUUUGAUUAUUUCCAUUGUAUGUAUCACAUGAAAUGCCAGCUUACAUUAAAUUUAUGAAUGAAUGUACAGUUUUGAUGCUUCAAUCAAAUUGGUACACCCUUUAUAUUUUUUAUAAUAUUCCCAACGCAUUCUUUGUUAAUUAUUGAGUAGAAAAUUUUGUUGGCAAUUUUAAUCAUGUUUAUUUGUUGAUUUCAGAAAUUUGCUUUUGCGGGUAAUUUUUAGUGAGAUUUAUUUCUUAUUCAAAAUAAAAAAAUAAUUUUGAAAUAGUUAUAAGGAGAAAUCUUAUUGGUUAUUAAUUCUAGUGUUAUCAUUAUGUGUUAAAUAUUAAAAAUAUUUUGUUAAAUUGAUAAAACUGAAAUCUCAAUUAUUGACACUGUAAAAUAAUAUAUUGAUAGAUUUCUCUAUUUAAAAAUCUAAUAAAAUCUAAUCACCUUUUAUAGAGUGGCAAGUCAUUCUUUUGGAAUAAUAGUAAGCUUUCAAAAUAUAGUUCAGUACUUAUGCCUGGGUAAAAUAUUUUUUGAAACAUAGAAAUAUUGAUGUAAAAAUUCAAUCUAUCAGUGUAAAUUUCAGUUAUUAUUCCAUAAAGUUGCCCAGCUCACCAGAUUUAUCCUCUAACGAUUCUUUCAUAAAUAACAAAAUAUCAUUAAAAUUUCUUUAAGAGAAUCACAAAUGUUGAUGAAAGCUUAGCUCAAUUAUAAUUGAGGAAUUAUUAAAUUUCAUGUUUAUAUUUUUAGAAUUAAUUUAUUUCAAAACAUCAUGGCACACAACUAUAAUUCAAAUUACUUGUGACAUAUUUUAUCAAAAAUAAACUUUAAUAAAUUAUCGUUUUAAAAUAUCUUUUCUGUGGAUUCAAUCUACACCUCAGCUCUAGUUUUAAUAUAACUAAAUAUAUAUAUAUAAAUAUAUAAUAUUCAAUGCUAACAAAAUCACAGCAAAGUAGGGUACUCAGAGUGGAGUGAAAAUCUAGUAAAACAGUCGAGUUUAUGGUAUUAUUAAAAUUUAGAUUGGUAGAUUUGAUUGUACAAAAAUAACCUAGUGCCCCCUCUGUUUUUUAAUAAAUUUAAAAAAAUAGAACACUCAAAAUUUCAUAUUAUUGUAUAAUGUCAAUAAUUGAAAAUAAAACUAUUAAUCGUUAAUGUAUUGAUUUAGUGUAUUUAAUAUUUUAGCAAGUUACAUAUACUCAAAUAUAAUACCAAGUUGCACGGUCCAAUUACAGCAAUGAUAACCAAAAUGGAACUAUUGUUAGUAACUGAAAAUGAAGAAUUCUUUUUAUCCAAUAAAAAAGAUAUGUAAAUAGAUUAUCAAAAAUAAGACCAAGUUGAAAAAUAUUUGCAGCAGUUGGUUUCUUGUAGUCAAGCUCAUUUAUAUAUGCUAUUCGAUAAUUUUCUAUUUUUAUGGAAAAAGGUUGUUUGACUUUGGUCACCUCUACCCAGAUGGAUGUUAAUCACCAGAUCCGAAGUUUCAUCAUUUUCAUUCCAAAAGGUAUAUAUAAUUUCUUACUGGUUUUCUAUCAACGUUAUGUAUAAAAUUGUUCCCAAUUAUAUCAUAACAAAGAAAUUUGUUUAAUUAAUAAAUUAUCUUGAUAAAAAAUUACCAAACAUAUGCAUAUAGACUUAAAGUUUAGUCUACUGGAGAAAAUUUUUUGGCUAAGAAAAAUAAAAUAACAACUUCGUUUCAAUUUAUCUUUAAUUGAGUAUACCAUUCCAGAUAACGUUGAGAACAUUAAAAUAGAACAGUAGCAGUAGCAAUUAAUUGCUAGAAAUGUCAACAUAUGGCAUAUGAUGAAUCUUCCACAUUAUUGGAACAUUAUGCAAUUAUCUUACCAUUGCAUCUUGACUGCCACUAACUAACCAAAACUAACCAUUGUAUCAUCCAUGAGGUUGAUAACGCUCCAAAAUUAACGUGACAAAUAUCUAAACAAAUAAAUAAGAAAAUUCUACAACACUCCACCUUUGUAAGAUAAAGACAUGUACAUACAGGAUGUUCAGAAACUCCUUUGUCGUAAGCAAAUGACAAAUGUUAUUUUAUGUCCAUCUAACCGAAUUUACCUUUAUCCAUUUAAAGACGAAGCUAGCAAUUCAGUUUUUUUCAUAAAUCCCAAAAAAGCAGCUACCUACAAAUUUCAAGCUUGGUGUAUAGUAAACAAAUUUUCACUGCAGGCUUAUACAAUUUACCAACUUUGUAGGUAGAUAUACGUGAAAAACUGACUUGACAGCGUAAUUUUCGACGGGCGCUAGCUCACUUCGGACGAACUUAGAAAAAUGUAAAUUAGGUUAGAUGGACAUAAAAUCAUAUAGUUUACAUUCAGCAGGAAAUAAUUGGGAAUAUUAUCAAGAGAAGAUAUAACUAAUCAUAUUAAAGUUGCAUUGCUUAAUAAUAAAAUUAUUAUACUGUCGUCAAAACUUCUGCAUGUUAAUAUUGAUGAUCUAUGGAUUCAAAAUAUACUAUAAAAGUUGUGGGAGCAGCAUUACUUUUUUAUAAUCUAAAAAAUUUACGAAAACAGACCCAAGUAUCAUGAGAACCCAUGUCUGCAUUGGGGUCUGUGGAUUUUGUCUGUAGCAACUGCAAUAUCCGGUGCUUGUAUGUUCCUUUACAUUGUGAUAUGUAUUCUAUAUGAAUGUUACAUAGUAACGUUUUGAAUGGGUGAUCUGGGCUUAGUCUUACUUAAUGUGUAAUGCAGUAUAGGGUGAUCCUGUAAUGCAAUCCCAAUAUAUUAUUUUCAUCUACCAAAUCAUAUUACAACUUGUUAGUAUAUCAAUAUUUUUUUAAUAUUUUAAAUAACUUUACCAUAACUGAAUAACUAUUUUUAGGUUCUUCCAUUAAUAUUUAGUACUGAUAACAUAAUUUAAUAGAAAAAAUAUUGGGUUACAAAUUCAUUGCUAAACAUCCAAUAAAUUUAGGAUUUUGUUACAGAAUAUGGCCAAUUACUGUAUUAGCUACUAAUGAUUUGUGCACAUUUUGAAUUUUAUGACAAAGUUAAAAUACAAUUCACGCAAAGAAGAAUUUUUAUGUUUAAUUAUAUAAAUGAAUCAUAUUUAAUACUUUCAUAUAUCUCGAAUUAUUUUCUUGUUUUAGAUGUGAAAAAGUGUCAGAUAAAUUCAAAAUAUGUUCUUAUUUUAGCUGCUGAUAUAAUUCACCCUUUUGUAAUAUUUUAAUUCAAUAACCACCAAAAUACAUACAGUGAUCCAGAAUUAUGUAUCCUAAUCACUCCUAAAAUAUGGAAGCUAUUUUAUCAAAUAUUUUAAAUUCAUGUCAUAAAGAAGUAUUCUCAAUUUAGAAAUUAUUGUACAUAAUUCUGGACCAACUUAUAGAUAUUAUACACUGCCAAUAUAACAAUUUCUGCAGCUGUACACUAACGAUAUAACUAUGUUUUCAUGAAAUGUCUAUUACCAGUAUUCAUUAUUAGAAAGCAGCAUAAUUUACCUCUUUUGUCAAAUGAAUAAGACAGUAUUGGCACUCAUUUAAGAAAUACCUGUUUAUUUUCUUAGAUCACGGUGGUUCAUGUGAUUUUAGUCUAAUAGUAGUUUUAGUUUUAACGCCUAUUUAUGAAAGAAUAUUUUAUACUUUUAUUUUAAUCAUUUUUGUUAAUAAAUUGUUUCUUUAC